AUGGCAGUGAGGCGUAAACAUGUAAAACUGACUGAAUUAUUGGCAAAAAAUUUCAUUAAAAAAAGACACCAAAAAUUGGAUCGUUCUUCGAACACCCUACUCCACGAUGCUGUUCGAUUAGGGCAGCUCAAAGUUGUUAUAAUACUUGUAGGUAGAGGUGCUGAUGUAAAUGCAAGUACUAGAAAUGGGAUGACUCCUCUUCAUGUUGCAGCAAAACAUGGAUAUCUCAAGAUUAUGGAUUUUCUUAUAAGUAAUGGUGCACAUAUGAAUGCAAGAUGUAAAGACGGAUAUACGCCACUACACUUCGCUUGCGAAUCGGCUAAUCUUAAAUGUGCGAGAUUACUACUCAAACAUAAUGCUUCUGUUAUUCCAACAAACGUUAAUGAUAUUCAUCCGAUUGAUAUUACGGUGGCUCAUCUUUUUUUAAAAAUGACUCAAUUGUUAUUGGACUAUGGCGCAAGUAUGGCUGUUAAUAAAGGACAUGAUGGAUACCAAUUGUCUGAAAUAGGAUAUGAAGAUGAAUAUUUUAGUUUAUUACACUACACAGUUGCACGUCGUUCUUUACCUAUGGCAAAAUUAUUAUUAAAAUAUGGAGCAGAUGUAAAUACUUUAAGUAAAGAUGGUAUAUCUCCAUUGCACGAAGCCGUAAUGGGCCAUAAUAUUCCAAUGGUUAAGCUCUUAUUAAACAACGGAGCUCUUAUAAGAAUAAGCAAGGAUUAUUGUAAUCGUCAAAUGUUAGUAACAUAUGGUCUAUUUUUCAACCGAUCUGGUAUUCCUCCGUAUUAUUGUAAGACACAUUAUAGUUUAGUAGAUAAAAAAUUAGAAAUACUCAAACUACUAAUUGAUGCAGGAGCUAGCAGCGAGAUGGAAGACCCUUCGGUGACUCUUUUCGAUUACUGUAUUGGGCACGGAUUCAGAAAAAUUGUUAACUAUCUUCUGUAUCAUACCAAUUUAAAUUUCGAUAAUUUAGAUGAUGCGCUGCUAAAACGUUCUGUUUUUGAUAUACGUCUAAUACAUCAAUUUCCAGAGAUUGUCAAUGACACAGAGUAUAUAACAAAACGCGAGCUCGAAUGUAAAGAACUUACUUACGACUUGAUGGCGGAAAAAUAUUCGAGACAUUUGAUAGGUUCGCCGUCGGGCAACAAGCUAAGUGUUGCAGACCUUUCCAGAUUUCGAACUGCGCUUAAAGUUACAAAGGAAGAACAUAAAGAUAGACUUAAAAACAUUAAAAACAAUAUUCAAGGAGUCGUGGAUGAAAUGAAACGUGAGAAAAUAGAUUAA